GAGGGGCCUGAGGCGACAGAUUCCGGAAAGGGAAGAGCAGCCAACAUGGCGGCGGAACGCGGCGCGGGGCAGCAACUGUCGCAAGAGAUGAUGGAGGUUGACAGGCGGGUUGAAUCUGAAGAGUCAGGUGAUGAAGAAGGGAAGAAGCACAGCAGUGGCCUUGUGGCAGACCUCAGUGAGCAGAGCCUGAAGGAUGGAGAGGAGCCAGGGGAGGAGGAUCCAGAAGAACACGAGCUGCCUGUGGACAUGGAAACCAUCAACCUGGACAGAGAUGCAGAGGAUGUUGAUCUGAAUCACUAUCGCAUUGGAAAAAUUGAAGGAUUUGAGGUGCUGAGGAAAGUGAAGACUCUCUGCCUACGUCAAAAUUUAAUUAAAUGCAUUGAGAAUCUGGAGGAGCUACAGAGUCUUCGAGAGCUGGAUCUUUACGACAACCAGAUCAAGAAGAUUGAGAACCUGGAGGCGCUGACAGAGUUAGAGAUUCUAGAUAUUUCUUUUAAUCUCCUGAGAAACAUUGAAGGGAUUGACAAGUUGAUACGACUGAAAAAACUCUUCUUGGUCAACAACAAAAUCAAUAAAAUUGAGAACAUAAGUAACUUACAUCAACUACAGAUGCUAGAGCUGGGAUCUAACCGCAUCCGGGCAAUUGAAAAUAUCGACACAUUAACCAAUCUGGAGAGUUUGUUUCUGGGGAAAAACAAAAUUACUAAACUUCAGAACCUGGAUGCACUUACCAACCUGACAGUCCUCAGUAUGCAGAGCAAUCGCCUAACCAAGAUCGAGGGUCUGCAGAACCUGGUGAACUUGCGGGAGCUGUACCUCAGCCACAAUGGCAUUGAGGUCAUCGAGGGCCUGGAGAACAAUAACAAACUCACGAUGUUGGACAUUGCAUCAAAUAGAAUCAAAAAGAUUGAAAAUGUCAGCCAUCUAACAGAUCUGCAAGAAUUCUGGAUGAAUGACAAUCUCCUUGAGAGCUGGAGCGACCUCGAUGAGCUGAAGGGAGCCAGGAACCUGGAGACAGUGUACCUGGAGCGGAAUCCCCUACAGAAGGACCCCCAAUACAGGCGAAAGGUCAUGCUCGCCCUCCCAUCCGUGCGGCAGAUCGACGCCACAUUCGUCAGGUUCUGAGUACUCCUUGCUCUCACCUGGUCCCUCUCCUCAAAAGAACUGCCCAGCCACGGUUUUUUAAUCUACCCGUUGCUUCUGAAGUCGUCACUAUAUCAACAGUCAGAAACCCAAUGGCAAUAAAAGGCACUGAUGAUAGCUAACUUGUAUGAUGCCACUCACCAUUUGAGAUGCCAUGACUAUUAAAUCUUGCCACAGUCUU